AUGGAACAAGUUUUUAAGACAGAUUUUAAUUUUCCCGGUAAUAUUAUAGAUUUGACCGAUUCCCAGUAAGAACAUGAAGAGGAUUCAUUGUAGAAUAAACCGCUUGAUGGACUUACUGAAAGAAUCUUGAGAAAACGAAAAAAUGCCCCUUUGCAAUAAACUCUAUAUGAACAAUUAAUCUAAGAUCCAAUAUAUUAAAGCUGUGUUUAAAACGAAUUCCUCUUCAUCAAGCAUCUUGAGUCACUAGGGUUCACAGACAUAUAUGACUAUCUAAAGUAUUGUAAUAAAAAUGGACUUCUCCUUGAGGAAGAAGCACUUAAAAAGAAUAACCUUAAGCCUCCUUAAUAGAAAUACAACAUAUACUAAUGCAAUAUCAUCCACGAUAAAAACACAGAUUUCAAAAAUAUUUAACAAAUUUUGAGUGGAAUGAAAUAACUCAAAAAGACAAUGAAGCUUGAGGAAAAAUGCAAAAAGAAUUUAAAUAUUGAAUUUUUCACUAGUAAUGAUACAAAUAGUUUCGUAAUACAUUAAACGAAAUAACAUCGAUACUUAGCACCAAAUUUAAUAAAUAAAAUGCUCUAUGAAGUUGAACCUUUAGACCAAAAUAUUGAUGAAACCUUGAUUCAGUAUUGCUGGAGACAGUACAGAAGGUUUUAUAAAAAAUGCAAGGCAGAAUACGAAGCUUUAGUUAAUGCAAAUGAAAAUGAGUUUGAAGAAUUUAGUGAAACUCAUUAAAUAGAUUAUGAUUAAAUCUCGCAUGAUUCUUUAGCUCCAUACUUUAAAGUGCCCCCUUACAAAAGAAAACCUCAAUAUCGAUCUAUGAAUUUGUGUUACAAAAUUUAGCAUUUGAAAAUUGUAAAGUUUUCUGUUAUUUGA